UCUGUGCGGAGCAUAAAUGGAGCGCACGGCAAGUAGCAGGUGGCCAGAGACGACGCCGGGCCUUCGCGGCUGACUGCGAACACGAUCGCUGUCGACGUCGCCCGCUGAAACCCGAGGCGUUCAAUAUCACCGCAGGGAUCACCGCUCGCCAGUCGUACAACAGGAAAUGUCCGUGAACGUGGAGCACAUCACCUUCGGCGUGCUGAUGGCCGCCAACCUGGGGCUAGGCCUGUACUUCGCGUUCUCGCGCCGGGCCCGUAAGGCGCCCACGGCCGACGAAGUGUUCCUCGGGAGCCGCACCAUGGGCACACUGCCGCUGGCCAUGUCGGUGCUCGCCUCCAUGAUCUCGGCCAUCGGCGUCAUCGGCUUCGGGGCGCACUACUACGCGCACGGAUUCCACUACGCCUGGAGCCUGGUGUCGGCGCCGCUUCUCGUGCCUGUCGUCACGCUCGUCGUCAUUCCAGUCCUGUACAAGCUGCGCGUCACGUCUGUUUUCGAGUAUGUGCGCCUUCGAUACGGGAACAAAGUAGGCCUGGGUGCCUGCGUCAUCUAUUUAUUUCUCAGCCAAACCAUUGGCGCGGUGGCCCUAUUCUCGGCAUCCGUAGCUGCCGCCACAGUUUUUCAUCUUCCCAUACAAUGGACUACAUUGGGCAUCGGAGUAGCAGGAACGGUCUACACCGCCUUGGGCGGGCUUCGAGGCGUCGUGUGGACAGACUGCAUGCAGGCCUUGUUAAUCCUGAUGGCGCCACUGACAGUCAUAGGAAAAGUGAUCUAUGACUCAAGACAUCCGGACGUCUCGCUCAGGCCUCUGAGUGACAUAAAUAUCAAGGAAUACGCUUUCAAGAUGAACCUCGACUUCACGAAUGACGAAAACUUUUGGUCCUGCUUUUUGGGCCUGCUCGUCCACAACCUCCUUCGCACCGGAAUGGACCAGAGUGUCGUCCAGAGGUACAUGGCGUCCAGGACCCUCAGGGAAGCGAAAAGGACGAUGUGCAUUGGAGUCUUUCUGAACAUCAUCUACAUGUUCAUCAUCGGAGUGAUGGCGAUGGCCUUGAUUUACUGGUACCGAGAUUGUGAUCCUGUGUUGACCGGUGAAAUCAGCAAGUACGACGAGAUUUUGCCAUACUAUGUGAAGGAACGCCUUUUAAAUUUCCCAGGUUUUUCUGGCCUUUUCUUAACCGGCGUUGUCAGCGCAGCCACGAGUACGAUAUCCUCCAUUAUCAAUUCUCAAGCCGCUGUCUGCUACAUGGAUGUCGUCUCCAUGUUCGUCAAACUCGAAGACCACUCGGCCAGGCACUUAACAAAAGGACUAGCAUUUCUCUUCGGAAUUCUUAUGACCAUCUACUCAAUGAUCGUGCCCUACUUGGGAUCGGCAGUUCGGGUUGUCGUCGUGAUGCAUAACGGAGCGUCCGGUCCGUUUGUCGGGAUGUUUCUUUUGGCUUUCCUAUUUCCAUGGGCGAACACCAAGGGUGUGGUCGCAGGCACGCUUUUCACAACGGCGUUGCAGUUCUGGCAAAUGUUUGGCAAGAUCUAUUACGGAAUACGGGCACCUCUAAUGCCAGUCACGACGGACUUCUGCCCCGUUAACUCAACUAUGAUGACAAUAGACGCGAUGCGUGCGUCAUCCUACUCCACUGCUCACAGGAACGCCGAUGUCUUCCCGUUGUAUAGGUUCUCGUCAAACUGGGGAGUCUUGGCUUCUGCGGUACUCACUAUACUCAUUGGUCUGGUCGUCAGCCUGCUAACAGGUGGUAGGGAAGUAAAGGAGAGCCACACAAGGUUGACAAGUGACAUCUUUGUCUCUUUAUGGAGGAAAUUGGGCCUGCUACCUCGAUACGAAAAGACAAAGACCUCCGAGGCGCCACCUCAAGAGUUCGACGACUCAACGUCGGACACGAAAACGACCUUGACACUACUUGGCAACGAGAGCUUUGUAUAGAAACGAAGCUUCACAGUACAACACGAUUCGCACUCUGUCAUGUCACACAGGCCACAUAUGGGUGACCUUCUCUGUUUUUAACGUGUAACAAUAACAAUAUAAUUCAGCACGUUACGCGACUUCCUACUGUGCGCGUUGUCCGUAGAAAGUAGCUGGAAUAAAUGGGGAGCAACUUGAACUUUGGCACUCCAAACU